UGACCUGGCGUCGCGGUGAUGACGCCACCGCUCGCGCGCUCCGCUGAAUCCUCGUCGAGUCUGCUGAGGUCAACAGCUCACGCUACAUCGCUUAACUCUUUACACGGUUUAAGCAACAUUUUACGGUUCUCGUCGAUACGGUUCUGUGCUGUUUUUGUGUUCACUAACUAAAACAGUUUCUCUUCACACAGAAAACGAUCUGCUGCUCCUCCUUCAGUGAAGCUCCUCCCACUGCGAUUCGCCAAUAAAUGCUGGAAUAUUCCCAUCGGUCUACAAGUGAAGACCAGCAACAAACCACCAGGAAGAGCUGAAAGAAGACGGUUUAGUGAAGGACGGAGAGAACAUGAGAGACCCAGAGCCCUGCAGAAUCAAACGCACUGAAGAACAAAGAGACCUAAUGGAUGAGAAUGAAGUGGAGAAAGAAAAAAUAUCUCAGAAAUCUCGGAUCACUUGCCAGCAGUGUGGAAAGAGUUUCACACGCAAACCGAGUCUCGAAAUUCACAUGAGGAUCCACACUGGAGAGAAACCGUUCACAUGUGAUCAGUGUGGAAAGUGUUUCAAGCGAAAAGAACACCUUAAGGUACACAUGAACGUCCACACUGGAGAGAAACCGUUCACAUGUGAUCAGUGUGGGAAGAGUUUUACACAAUAUGUUAACUUUAAGAGACAUAUGAACGUCCACACUGGAGAGAAACCAUUCACAUGUGAUCAGUGUGGAAAGAGAUUUACACAACAUGUUCACCUUAAGACACACAAGAACGUCCACACUGGAGAGAAACCGUUCACAUGUGAUCAGUGUGGAAAGAGUUUCUCACUACAAAGAACCCUUAAACUACACAUGAUUAUCCACACUGGAGAGAAACUAUAUGAAUGUGAUCAAUGUGGCAAAACAUUUAUGUUUGCUUCAGCCCUGAAGAUACACCUGAAUGUUCAUACAAAGGAUAAACCACAUUCAUGUUCUUCAUGUGGAAAGAGAUUUUCACUUCUUCGAUAUUUAAAAUUACAUCAGAAAACCCAUGCUGGUGUGAAAAAUCAUAUGUGCUUUGAGUGUGACCGUACCUUUGUUAGAGCUCCAUAUUUAAAACGGCACCAGAGGAUCCACACUGGAGAGAAACCUUACAUGUGUUCACACUGCAACAAGACAUUCACUGAUUCAGGAGACCUGAAAAAACACGAGAUGAUCCACACCGGAGAGAAACCUUACAUGUGUUUACACUGUGAAAAGACAUUCAGUCGUUCAGAACAUCUGAAAGUACAUGAGAGGAUUCACACCGGAGAGAAACCUUACAUGUGUUCACACUGCAACAAGACAUUCAGUCAGGCAGUACAUAUGAAAACACAUGAGAGGACCCACACCGGAGAGAAACCGUAUCACUGCACUGCAUGUGGGAAGACUUUCACUGACUCAUCAACUCUACGCAAGCAUGCCAAAACUCACAUUAAGUAGCUUAUCUUUAGUCCCAGAACUUUAAAGUGCGAAGCCACAUCUCUUCCCAAUUAGUCUGUCCUAAUCAUCAACGAGACAUAGAAUCAUCUAAAUUAGUCAGUGAGUAAAGUUCAACUUUAAGAUAAAGUUCGAGGAUGAUGUUCUUCCCCCAAGAACAGUGUCUCUUUUAUAUCAUGUUGCUCAAUAACAAUCUAUGUCAAUUAGCUUUAUGAUGAUUUCCAUUUAAUGUUCAAUUUCAUGUAGUUUGUUUAUACUUUUAUAAUGGAAAUAGUUUUUUUUUUAACCUUUUUUCUUUACCUUUUUUCUAACCUUUUUUUUUACAAACUAUUCUUGCUCAAGAAGCUGAUUUAUUUUAAACUAUGUUGUUAUCAAAUCAAAUAGGUAUUCAUCUACUUUGUAUUUUAAAAAAGCAGAUACAAGGUUUAACGUCAUAUAGCUUUGCAGCUGGCUUUCUUCACUUUUAUGCUCUUAAGAUGCUUUGAUAACUUGUCAAUCAGUAAAAGAAAUGUCUCAUUCAUUUCUACUUUGACUUUUUGUAUUUUCUGCAACAAAUAUUAAACUUUUAUUG